AAGUAAACGUCACGUCAGUGUUGUGUUGGCCGUGGGAGAGUAAGGUUAUACGCGGGAGAAAACUCCAGCUUCAUGUAUGUGUCUUCUCAAUAAUAACUUUAUAUAUCUCCAGGGGACUUUCUCCCAACACCUGGGCUAAAAAAAAAUGGCAGGAACAGGGCCAGACACAUCGUACAGGAAGCCGCCGAGGGACCGUGGCUGCUGUAGCAUCAACUUUCUCAAAUAUGUGCUGUUCAUCUUCAACUUUAUCUUCCUGCUUGGUGGGUGUGCAGUACUAGGAGUGGCCAUUUGGACACUGGCCGAGAAGCACCAAUAUGUAGUAUUACUCACCACCACCACUUAUGCAUCAACUGCUUAUCUUUUACUGCUGGCUGGGAUAAUUGUCAUUUUUGCCUCUCUUCUUGCGUGUUGUGCCAUCCUAAAGGAGGACCGCUGUUACCUGCUCGUGUACACGUUCCUAUUGCUGCUGGUGUUCCUGGUGGAGGCUGUGGCGGGUGUACUGGCUUAUGUGUAUGAGGAACAAAUUAUGGCUGAGCUCUCACACACCUUCACUACCACCUUCAACAACAACUAUAUGAUCAAUCCAGAGGUCACUGAGGCCAUAGACCAGAUGCAGAUGGAGUAUCACUGCUGUGGUGCUCUUACCUUUAGCCAGUGGCGAGACAGCCUGUGGCUUCAUGACAACCCAGACCUUAACAACAGUGUUCCAGACUCCUGCUGCAAGACACCUUCACCCUACUGUGGUGUGAGGGACCAUCCCUCCAAUAUCUGGUACAAUGGUUGUAUUCAUCAGUUUGAGGACGAGCUGGGUCGUCAUUUACUGAUCCUCGGUGCAGUUGGCUGUGGCAUCUGUCUGAUUCAGGUGUUUGGGAUGAUCCUUUCCUGCUGCCUUUACAUAAAACUCAAAGAUAUUGAUGAAAACUAUUAUUAAGGGAUGAUAAGUCAGUACUGUAUUUUAUUAAAAUAGAAAAAAGAUAACACAGUAUACUGUACUGUAUAUUUUCAUGUACAAAUGAUAUACACUCGCCACAAAAUUUUUUCGAACGCUCUAAGGGUCAUACAAUAUGACAAAAUGAACGAGAAAUCUGAACAUAACUCGAAGGAAGUUUUAUUACAAAUUAAAUUACUGUACUUCUUUUUACCUGUAAAUACGUACUGUAAAGACGAGCAACAUAUAUUAUGACGAUAUAUUGAGUCACUUUGCAACCAAUCAUACCAACCAUUUAAGAUGAUACAAGCCAUAGUGCUUAUUAUGAAACCCGUCGUUCCCAGCUGUUCGAGAACUUUUGUGGUUAGUGUACCUAAGAAAUAACAAAAUAGGCAUUAAAAGAAGUGAAAAUAAAAAAAGUUUAAAAACAAAAUUAACACACACGUUUACUGAGAAUGUCUAAUGAAUACCAGAAGAGGAAGAUAAAAAUUUUGAGUGUUUAAUUAGAUUUAUGCGAGAAGAGUGAAGCAAAAUUUUUGAUGAAGGAGGAAAAU